AUGAACGAAGCAAAGGUUCAGCUUUUAGGUGUUCUUCGAGAAGCAACAUCUCAAGACUAUACUCGAAUGAGACAAGCCGAGGAACUGCUGAAAGAGUGGGAAAACUCGCCCAGCUUCUUUGCAACCUUACAGGAUAUUUUUUACGACCGCAGCAUGGACCAAGAUAUCCGAACACUCAGUGGUAUUUAUCUCAAGAAUGGUAUUGAUAGAUUCUGGAGAAGAACAGCCAAAAACCCCAUUCUUCCAGAGGAAAAGAAAGCCAUUCGAGAGCGAUUACUCCAAUUCAUUGAUGAGCCCAGUAAAAAACUUACAGCACAAAAUGCAGUGAUUGUAUCUCGCAUCGCUCGACUCGAUUACCCUAGAGACUGGCCAGAUUUAUUGACGAAUCUUGUUCAGUCGAUGGAGGUAGCUAGCACGCAUAAUCCAGAAAACGCACACUUGAUUCAUUCCCGAGUUUUGGAAACGUUGAGCGAGGUUUUACAGGAAUUGAGCACACGCCUGUUAUCUUCGGGACGUCGACAAUUUGCAGAGAUCGCACCCACCAUCUUCCAGGCUGUUGCUCAGAUUUAUGUCGUAUACGUGGACCGUACUAUCAAAAAGUUGCAGCAGAUCAACAACAACUUGGAUCAGGAAGCGUUGCUGGAGGAACUGAACAUUGUAGGUACAUGUGUCAAAUGCAUGCGGAUCCUCAUGGUCAGCGGCAUUCGGGAUGUUCACAAAUACGACGAAACUCGAACAUUUCUUGAUGUCAGUCGUAAACACUUGGAACGCUACAUGGAUUGUCGCUACGGACUCGUUCAAAUCAAUUACACUGGAAAUAUAAAACAAGUUGUGGAAGCCACUAUUGAGGAAUACGGAUCACUCUACGUCUCAUUACAAAAGAAGCACCCCGUCUCAGCUGUAUUGUGUCCAGCAUGGCUCGACAUCAUCCAAUAUUACUGGCAGAACAUCAUGGUGGAAGGAACUCAUAUUGUGGAGCAAUGCAAAUCAGGCACGCAAGAUCAGAAUACACUUGUGUUUGAGCCGUUUUUAUUACAGGGCAUGUUGUUGGUCAAGGACACUAUCAAAAAUGUAUCUUAUAAUGCGGGUCAAUUGGGUGCAGAUCUUUUAUCAGUGACAGACGAAGAAAAGGAAUUAGCUAUAGAGGCAGGUCGACUCAUCAAUGAGCAAUUCCUGACACCGGAAUUCGUCAAUGUCUGCGCUGAAACGCUCGUCAGUCAGUACAUGCUCCUGUCACCAAGCGAUUUCGCACGAUGGGAAGACGAUCCUGAGGGAUGGUUGAACAAUUUGGAUACCGAGAAUUGGGAAUUUGAGCUUCGGCCUUGCGCAGAGUUGGCAUUCAUGAAUCUGCUGAGUCAAUACCGAGAUCAAUUGGUGCCCAUUAUGGUGACUUUGGUGGAAAGAGUAGCAACUGUUACAGACAAACAAAGCUUAUUAUUCAAAGACGCUGUGUAUGGCGCUAUUGGUCUAGGCGUCAAUUCGCUGUUUGGCAGACUUGAUUUCGAACCAUUUGUCAUGAAUAGACUAGUCGCAGAGCUCAACAACAAGGAUCCCAAUUUCAAGAUUCUGAGACGCCGUAUUGGCUGGAUGUUGGGAAGAUGGGUCACGGAGAGCAUCAGUGCUGAUUGCCGCAAAGUCAUUUAUGAGAUCUUUUUACAGUUGAUGUCUGAAGACGAGGAUUUAGUGGUUCGACUAACCGCCGCCAAUGGACUGAAGCAAGCAGUGGAUGAUUGGGAUUUCGAUAUUAGCACUGUUGUGCCUUACCUCGGUUCUGCCAUGUCCUUGCUGUUGAAUUUACUCAAAGAAGUCGAGGAAUCUGACACAACCAUGAAGGUCAUUUCCUAUAUCAAUGCUAUUCUUGAUAGAACAGGCGCUGAUAUGAUCCCUUUUGCAGCACAAAUCGUGCAAUUAUUGAUAUCCUUGUGGGGUCCCAACACAGAGCCUUUGCUUCAAUCCUCUCUUGUUGUCACAUUUACAAAAAUUACUAGUAUACUCAAUGAGCAAUCAGUACAAUUACAAAGCAUCUUGGUUCCCAUUAUCAAAUACUGCACUGAUCGCAAUAAUGAAGCACACAUUUAUUUAUUAGAGGACUCGUUGGAUCUUUGGUGGACCAUUUUACAAAGCACACCUGCCAGUUCGCCAGACUUGAUUUCGCUCUUACCAGCCGCAUUGGAUUUGUUAGAUUAUGAUACUGAGAACCUGCGCAAGAUUUUGCUGAUCAUUGACAGCUACAUCAUGCUGGACCCUCAAGCUACGCUGUCACCUACCAACACAGUUGUCCUGUUUACCAAAUUAGCAGCCAAAAUUGGACAUUCACGCGAGCAAGCAAUUACUUACAUUGUGCACACACUUGACUUGGCGCUUCAAAGUGUACCUCUCCAACUGUUUGGCGAGCCACUUGUUCAAUCAGGCUUGAUGGCCAACGUCUUGAGAGUGCUGGUGGAAAACGAAAUAUUUGGAUUUGCUAUUAUGAAUUGCAUGAAUCUGUUUGCUCGCAUCUCCAUCUAUGACGCUAAUUCUGUGAUUCAGGUAAUUCAAUUGACAGCUCAACAGGAACACAUUCAAGGGGAUUUUCUCAGUAACAUCCUCGAUAAAUGGCUAGAGAAGUUUGAGAAUGCCAGUCAAGCAAGAGCAAGAAAACUAGCAUGCAUUGGCUUUACAAAUCUCGUGUUGACUGGUAAUCCCACGGUGCUAUCCAAAUUACCAAGCAUUAUGGAUGUCUGGACAAGCGUUGGGCCCGACGUCAAGGGCAGCGAUGGGUCAGAUGUUCUUUACAGCGAGAUUGAUCUGGAAGGCGACGUAUACGAGAUUGAAAACAGUGCUGAAAAGUCAAGGAAGCAUGAGCUAUCCCAUCGAGACCCAGUAUAUACCAUUGACCUUAUUCAACUUAUUCGUCAAACUGUAAAUGAACCCGCUAUCAGCUCACUGGUCAACCAAGUUGAUGCCUCCAUCUUGGAAAAAGUAAAGGAGCUGCUAAACUAA